GUGCCCCGGCUCCCCCUGAGCCGGCUCCGAGCGAACCCCGCAGCCGGACGGCAGGAGGAGACCGCGUGGACUCAGGCGGCGGACGCCCGGGUCCGCCAACACACCGGAGGCCAGGUCUCACGGGUACCACGGAGGGAAGGACCGUCCGCUGCCACGAGGCUGGGGAGACCCACCUGGGCCGCCGGCGGUCUAAGGAGACGCAGCAGAGACUGCCCUGAGGAGAAGCACCAGAAACGCCGUCGCUGUAACAGCCAGUGCGUCCCAGCCGGCAGCCGUCCUCCGCACACCUGACUCAUCCGCCACCUGUCCUCAUCCUCUGCAUGAGAGUCCGGACUCUGGUGCCGCGCCGAGGCAGCGUGGUCCCGAUGUUGCGCCUGCUGCUGCUGAGUGCGUGCUCGUGUGCCCUGGCGCCGGCGGCGGCCGGUCAAGAGCAGUGGACACGCCGCGAUGGAGCGCCGCCGACAUCGGCGCAGCAGACUACCGAGAGGGACCCGCUGCUGCUCAACAUGUUCGAGGUGCUGAUCUCGUCUCUGGACGAGAAGUUCCAGCGCGUGAGCUCGCUGGAGCGGGGUCUGCAGACGGUGCUGAGCCGGCUGGAGCGAAUGGGUGCGCAGCUGCAGCUGAACCGCAACACGACGGCCGCCAUACUUACCAGGAUGGACCAGCUGGAGCAGCUGCUCUCCCGGCGGCCACCACCUGCCGGCAACGCCAGCCCGCAGCUGACAUCUGUGGACGGCCGGCUACGGCGGCUGCAGCUGGCGGUCACUGAGCUGCAGCGCACGGUGGCCAACAGGACGGUGCCGGUCGCCCGGCCGGUGCAGAUCAAGCGAAACCUGGCGCGGGCGCGCGGGCGAGGUCCCGACGUUGUGCCCGAAAGGCUGGUCAAGGACGCCGAGAAGAUGUCGCAAGUGAUCAACGAGCUGCGUGGCAAGGUGGUCGCCAUGGAUACAAAGUUCGGCUUCCACAUGUCCCAAGUGUCGGAGAACCUUUCUGACAUCUUCCGCUCGGUGUCGACGGUGUCCGGCGUGUUGCUGGAGGCGCCGCGCGACAACAGCACGACCGCCCGCUCGAAGCUGGACGUGCUGGUUGACAAGAUCCAGCCGCUGAUGGACGUCUCCUCCAAGAUGGACGAGGUGUGGAACGUGGUGGUGGGCACCAAGUCCUCGAUCGACGACCUGGUGCCCAAAUCGGACGAGCUCAUCCACACGACCAGCCGCCAGGAGCGCGCCAUCAACGACAUCCACAGCGACCUGCAGGAGCGCACCAAGCAGAUCAUCGACAACCUCGGCAUGGUGGAGCAGCGACUGAGCGAGGAGCGGCCGCCGUCGACUGGCGCCGGGCCGGCCCCCGACUCUGGCGACCCCAGCUCGGCCAGCAAGCGCUACAUCCGUCCGGUCACAUUCCCGACGCGGCCGGCGUCGCUCCCGACCCGACCGGCCACCAGCACGGCCGCCGCGGUCGGCCGGCUCGACAAGGAGGCCCCCUUCGACCUGCUGGACGAACAAUUUCUGAAGGCGCACGAGAACUACACGUCUGUCGGCGAUGCUCCGACCACCGCCGUGCCGCGUCCGGAGAACCGUGGCAGGCCCAGCGGCAUAGUCUUCCCGGGACGGGCGCCUCCCUCCAGCGACCUCAACACCUCCUUCAUCGUCACCACGGAGGGCAACAGCAGCACGAACGUUGGGGGCUACUCUUGUCGUGACUUCCUGGAUCGGGGUGUUAACGAGUCGGGAAUCUACUACUUGCACAUCCACGGAACCACCUUUUGGUACCUCAAGGUGUUCUGUGACAUGGAAACGGACGGCGGCGGCUGGACGGUCAUCCAGCGACGGGACAACUACGCCGAGGCCGACCAGCAGAGCUUCAACCAGGCCUGGGAGGAGUACAAGCAGGGCUUUGGCAGCCCCACCACCGCCUUCUGGCUAGGCAACGAGAACAUCUUUAUGCUGACCAACACCGAGGACUACCAGCUAAGGAUCGAGCUGGAGGACUUCGACAACGAGAAGAGGUAUGCUCAAUACAACACGUUCAAGAUGCAUGGCGAGGAUGACAACUACAAGCUAGAGAUCGGUGGCUACGAGGGUAACGCCGGAGACUCGAUGAAUGACCCCUGGUAUGGCAGCAAUCUGAACCCGUUUUCCACCUACGACAGGGACAACGACCGGUCGAGCCUUAACUGUGCGAGCAUGCUAAAGGGCGGCUGGUGGUGGCGCUCCUGUGGCCGCGGCCUCAACGGUCUCUACCUGGCGGACCCCAAUGACGUCAUCGCCCGACAAGGCAUUGUCUGGUACCGCUGGCGAGGCUGGGAUUACUCGCUGAAGCGUUCCGUCAUGAUGAUCCGGCCGAACCGAGUGCGCGACAAGCCAGCCGGCGACGACUGAGACCGCGAUCAGGGUCACAGGCGGAGCCACGGCCGAGGUCACGGCCGAGGUCACGGCCCGGAGACGACUCCGACCACCACCCAGAUCACGGCUGAGGGUACGGACGGGGGCACGGCCGGGAUCUUGCCAGAGAUCCCGGCUGUGAUCCGCACUAAACUCGUGGAACACCCUCGCCGGUCGCAAGGUACCGGA